AUGGUGGAUUUACCAGGACACAGUGUGUCUGGUGCAGUUGCCUCUUUCUUCUUUGUACUGCUCACCCUAAGGGAGCCAGAUACCUGGAGAGUGGUUGGUCCUACAUACCCUAUCCUAGCCAGGAUUGGGGAAGAUGCCCUACUAACCUGUCAGCUCCUCCCCAAGAGGACCACAAUGCACAUGAAAGUGAUAUGGUACUCCUCAGAGCCCAGCACACCUGUGUUUGCAUACUGGGAUGGAGCCGAUAUGACUGAGAUGCAGAUGGAGGAGUACAGAGACCGUGUAGAGUGGAUAAAGGAUGGCAAUCACGAGGGAAAUGUGACUCUGAAGAUAAACAACAUCCAACCAUCUGAUAAUGGACAAUACUGGUGCCAUUUCCAAGAGAAUAACUACUGUGGAGAAACAAGCUUACUGCUUCAAGUAGCAGGUCUGGGGUCUGCCCCUUACAUCCACGUUGGGGGAGUUGUGGAAAGUGGAGUCCAGCUUGUGUGCACUGCAAAAGGCUGGUUCCCAGAGCCCCAGGUUUAUUGGACAGAUAUCACAGGAGAGAAGUUGCUGGCUGUCUCUGAGCAUUUCAUCCAAGAUGUCAAUGGCCUGUUCUAUGUGGAAACGACUCUUGUGGUCAGGAACGAUUCUGUGCAAGCUGUGUCCUGUUUCAUCCGCAACCCCAUCCUCAAUGAGGAGAAGAGCUCUGUCAUCUCCAUUCCAGAGAAACUCCAGAGUGAGCUAGCUUCCUUAAAAGUGAUUGGACCGUCCCAGCCCAUUCUUGUCAGAGUGGGAGAAGACAUACAAUUAACUUGUUACCUGUCCCCCAAGACUAAUGCACAGAGCAUGGAGGUGAGAUGGGUCCAAUCACGCCGUUAUCCUGCUGUUUACACAUAUGUGGAUGGGGAACAUGUGACUGAAGAGCAGAUGGCAGAAUAUAGAGGGAGGACAUUGUUGGUGAGUGACGCCAUUGAUGAAGGGAGACUGACACUGCAGAUAUACAAUGCUACAACAUCAGAUAAUGGGCAGUACCGGUGCCUUUUUGAAAAAGACGGUGUGUAUCAGGAGGCCAGUUUGGAUCUGAAGAUAGUAGGUCUGGGGUCGUCCCCACUCAUCACUGUAAAAGAACAGAAGGAUGGAGAAAUAGAACUGAUAUGCAGUUCAGAAGGGUGGUUCCCAGAGCCCCAUGCGCAAUGGAAGGACAUGGAAGGAAAGAUAAUACCAUCAUUUUCAGAGGUUCUGACUAAAGAUAGCCAUGGACUGUUCCAUGUGGAGACAUCUCUAUUGGUCACGAACAGCUCUAUUGUGAACAUAACUUGUUCCAUUCGCAACCCCCUUCUUGACGAGGAGAAAAAGGCAACUUUUUCUCUCUCAGGUUGGUGA